UGUGCGUCUGCUAAAAUGAGAUCUGAAAUCCCAGUCAGUUUAUUCAGUACAUACAGAAAGCGAUUAAAGCGACCAGCAGAGAAACGCACUGUAACUGAACACCAAGCACAGGAAAACCCUGGGACUGGUUUGAGGAGAGACAGAGGGAGAGCAGGGAUAUCUCUUUUGGAUGGUUUGAUCGCAAAGUGAGAACCUAAAUCUGUGAGUUCAUUAAAGAACUCAAUGAACUUGAACGUGAAAGAGUUUAAUUUCUUACUGAGAUGGAACUACACCACACUCUACAGCUUUCUGUCUGGGAAGAUUAAACUGUUUUGUAUGUAAUAUAGAUGUAAAAGAAGUAUUGCGCAAAACAACUACAGCUGGAAGUAGAAAUACAGAAAGAAAGACAAAAACCAAUGCCGACGUCUUCAGUGGUUUUGUUGACAUUUUUAAAUUCAAUUUAAAAAGAGAAUAGUUCUGAGCCUGGUGUGCACACCCGUGUCGAGUGGGGCUGAGGAGUGGAUUCCACGCAUUGCUGAGUGGAUGUGUCCCUGCCGUCUCGCACUGUGGAACUUUAAUAAAGACUGCUGCUGUCCGCGGGUGGCUCGCAGAGGCACGCGCCGUGGAACCCACAAGCACUCACCAGGCUCGACUCCCGAGUGGAAAUCAAAGUUGGCUUCCGUUGUUUGAAACACAGAUUUAUGAUCCAGUCACUGCGGCAGCGGAUUGCAUUGCUGUGGGCAAAGUUAUAAACAUUUUUGGAUACUGAUGUUGCAACACGGGACGGCCAAUUUAUAAUUUGCUGGGCUUUGAAGCCGUGGUUUCACCGUUACUGUCGAAAACCACAAGUCAAUACCGAAGAAAGCAUUACGUAUAGAGCAUCAUAAAACCACAGGUUGCAACCUGUGCUCACUGGAAUUUACACGUAUGGUUAACGGGGUUUGAAACCACCCCGCGUGUCCCUCAAAAUGGGAUUACCUGUUUUUAAAUAGAUUUACAGUUGCAACUCUUGCAUGUGCUGUACAUGGUAAAUAAAGACCGUUCGACAGAAAAUAACAUCACAGGGAGAAAACCGAACAAUAAUCACUCACGUCUUACUUCUGCAUUGUCAUCAAGUAUUUCAUUAUUCAAAACACGUUUACAGAAGAGAAGGUCGCUUGAUAAUAUUAUAUUACGGUACUGUGGAUUUACUGCAAUGACUACGAUGCACAUCCGAAGACUUUCCCGAGGAACUGUCUUGCUGUCUGUCACUGCGCUCAUAGCAACGGUUGCAAGCCAGGUGCUACCCACCAGCUCUGAGUCCCUUUUGGGUUCCACCACCUCCACCACCACUUAUGGCCAACCUUCUGUGUACCUGCCGGCCAGCUUCAAGCUCUCCAAUGCUCAACAAGCCUUCUUCCUUCAGGAAACCAGACAGCAGUCCCACAGCAACCAAAGUGGACAUCCCCUACAGCGCACCGAAUGCUUUGUGGUUUUCCAGACCAAAGAGCUUCCCGCUGUCAAUGUCUCCUUUGGUCCUUACAACCAAGACCAAACCCUACCCAAGGACCUCCUUCAGCCCUCAAGCCCACUGGAUAUCCCUGGUCGUCUGACUGUCAACUGGAAGGUCCGCGCCUUCAUCGUGCAGCUUAGAGUGUUUUCCAGCACCCCUCUGGUCCAGGUUCUCUUCUACAUUGCAGGCCGAGACUGGGAUGACUUUGAGGUUGUGGAGAAACUACCUUGCGUCCGUCUGCAUGCUUUCAGGGAUGUCCGGGAGAUCAAGACCUCCUGUAGGCUAACAGGCAGUCUGGCCCAGUGUCUAGCCCAGCUGGAACUCCCUCCAAACUGGUUCAACACCAAUGUGGCCCCUCUGGGUCGUAGGAAAGGCACGGAGGGCUUGGAGAUGAGUGGAGAGACUCUUCAGGCAGAACUCUACUACACCAUCCACGAGCCUGACGGCAAUGGCGAAUGUGGAGAGAACUCGCCCAGGCGAGGAGGGAGCACCAGGGGGGAACUUCCGACACAGCAUCCAUUGCUACGCAUAGGAAGUGUAAGCCUAUACCAGCCCAAUCAGGAGCAGAUGAUGGUGGAGAAGCAGCUGGACAAUAACAUCUUUGUGAGGCUGCCCGAGAAGCCUCUAAAGCCGGGGGAGAUCCUCAGCAUCUACCUGUUCCUGGUACCUAACUCUACCGUGGAGGAGUUCACGCUCAAAGUGAAAGCCAAGAAGGGUGUAAAUCUCCUGUACAUCAGAUCCAAGAGCCAUCAGUGGUCUGUAAACUCGGAGGUUAUGACGGGAGGAAAGCAUUCCACUGCAACAGUGGUGGCGACCAAGAACAAAGGAGUCCAGCUGAGUGAUGUCACCUCCAGCCUUGAGCUCAUGCAGCUAGACUUUGAGAUGGAGAAUUUCACCAGCCAGUCGGUGACAAGACGCAUCAACUGGAACAUCGACUACCACGGCCGCAGCCCCCCGCCGGACUCGGAGAAGGUGGUCACUGAACUGACCGUCAUUCAGAGAGAUGUCAGAACCAUCAUCCCACUCUCCAUGGAUACAGAGAUCAUAAACACUGCUAUCCUGACUGGAAGGACUGUGGCUAUUCCAGUGAAGGUCGUUGCCAUAGAGAUGAAUGGUGCCGUCACGGACGUCUCUACGUUUGUGGAAUGCGAGUCGACCAAUGAUGACAUCAUCAAGGUUUCUAAGGGCUGCGACUAUGUGUUUGUGAAUGGGAAGGAGUCGCGUGGCUCAAUGAACGCCCGUGUGGUCUUCAGAUAUGAGCAUCUGAGUGCCCCCCUGGAGCUGACAGUCUGGGUCCCCAAACUGCCCCUGCAGGUGGAGCUGUCUGACUCCCGGCUGAGCCUCAUCAAGGGCUGGCGUGUUCCCAUCCUCCCGGACCGACGGGUUACCCGGGACAGUGAAGAUGACGAUGAAGAUGAUCGUCGCAUGAGCCGUGGUUGUACUCUGCAGUACCAGCAUGCCCUGGUACGUGUGCUGACGCAGUUUCACACCACCUCCACAGAGGGCACAGACCAGGUGAUCACCAUGCUGGAGCCUGAUUGGCAGGUAGAUGUCACAGAGCUGGUGCAGGAUUCUCUCAAAGUGGAGGACGGGAGCCUUGCUGUACUGGUGGACAGGACCGUGCUAUUGGGGUUGGAACCAGGGACAACCAGUCUUAAGGUGGAGUCUCCCCUAAUGGAAGCUGUUCUAGGUGAGACCCAGGUGAUAAUAACUGAUGACAAAGUCUCAAUAACAGACCUCCGAGUGCAUGCCAUCGCCAGCCUCUCCCUCACACUGCAGCCCAGCCCAGGAAACAGUCACACCAUGGUCGCCAAGGCAACAGGGCUGCAGACUAUCACUGGGCCUAAACAGGAGGCUACACUGACCAUAUGGAUAUAUUACAGUGACGGCACAGCGGCACCCUUGAGCAUAUACAACCCAAAAGACUAUAACCUACAGGUCAGCACACUGGACGACAAGGUGGUCUCGGUGUCACAGGACCCGCAUCUCCGCUGGCCCACAGUGGUGGCUGAAGGAGAGGGCUCAGGGGAGAUCAUUCGAGCAGAGAUGACCAUCUGUGAAGCCUGCCAGAAAACCAAACGCAAAAGCGUGCUCUACUCUGCUCCCGUCUAUGUUAAAGUCCGCUUCGGGCCGGAGGAAGACUCUGAAGAAGAUGUAGACUACUAUCAAGGGGGCAGGACAAGCCAGGGAACCUUAGCGGGCACGAGAGAGGUAGAAGAAACAGCCUCUACUAGGAGAUCAGUUCUGGAUGGAGACAGCUACGAGCUGACAAACAAUCAGCCAGCCAGCAUCCCUAUCGAUUACACCAACUUCCCCACCACUAGCAUACAAUACGGGGAGGAAGAAGAAGAAGAGGAAGAAGAGGAGGAUGAUUUUGUCCAGGCCCCUCGGAGUCUAACAGACUUGGAGAUUGGGAUGUACGCCCUCCUAGGUGUCUUCUGCCUGGCCAUCUUGGUCUUCCUCAUCAACUGCAUCAUCUUUGUUCUCAAGUACCAGCACAAACGUAUUCCUCCAGAGGGCCAGGCCAAUGUUGACCACUCUCAUCACUGGGUGUUCUUGGGAAAUGGGCAGCCCUUGCGGUCACAGAAUGACCUCUCACCCCGGCAGCCAGAAAGUCCAGGAAACCCUCUGGAAGGGGUGCAAACUUGUUGUCAUGGAGACCACCACAGUAGUGGCAGCUCCCAGACAAGCGUGCAGAGCCAGGUCCAUGGAAGAGGAGAUGGAAGCUCAGGGGGGUCCACCAAGGAGCACAGUGAGGAACCCCUUAACUCACCCACCUCCAAACGCAAGCGGGUCAAGUUUACCACCUUCACCACUCUACCCUCAGAGGACAUGCCCUACAACUCUAUCCCGAUAGCGGACGAGGAGGACAUACAAUGGGUUUGCCAGGACAUGGGCUUUCAAGACCCUGAAGAACUGCACGACUACAUGCGUAGGAUAAAGGAGAUAGCCUAGAAAGAGCAAGAAAGGUGCCGCAAUUUAGUUUCACUUAGUGGCAUUCACAAAUGAACAAUGGGAACAAACCAUUGUUUUCUUUGCACAGUGCCCUUCCUCUCCCAGACACUCAAUUUCUUCCUUUCUUUCUUUUUUUCUUCUUUCCUUGAAGCUUAAAUCCACAAAUCCCUGAAGACUAUUCAAUGGCUUGCUAUUCUUUUGUUCUGGAUAUACACCUUCAGAGUGGGUCAGAUGUCUCAGAACAGUACUGACACAAUAAGGAGGUAUUCUACUGACCCACAAACGCUGGGUGAUGUAGGGCUGUUUGUGCGUGGUGGGACUCAGUUCUGGCUUUUGUUUGUUCGUUUGUUUAUCAUAAAUGCAAGUAUCUUCUCUAACAAGAGGCCUUUGAAGUGCAGGUCACAGAACCAGAGGAUGUUGGGACGGAUAGUUUAUGUUGAGUCUUUAUUGAAAAUGUAUCAUUUAUGCAUACGUAAGAAAUACUGAGAACGAGAUGAUGCUGUUUGUUUGAAUGAUUGCCGUGUCUUAAACACUCCAAAAACACUACGCAUGGUUGGAGUGGCAACCUAGCGUCUGUCAAUGUGUAAUUUUUGACUUCUAACUAGUGUCCCGAACCCCAAUUCAAGUCUCCCCAAUACAGGUCAGAAAGACCACGAGCCGGUUUGUUCAGAUGAGAAAUUCCAACCAGAUGUUCAGAAGCACUUAAAUAAAAGUGAAAGCUUCUUUGUUUAAACAACUAAGCAUUCUGAUAACAUUAAGUUGAUUUGGGGGUGUCUAAUUUCUUUAGGAUUAAACCUGUUUAAAGAUGUAGGCCCAGAAAUUCGAAGCAAUGCGCAAUCCCCUUGCAAAAUGUGUGUCUCGCAAAAAUUAGUGCUUUUGCACAAAAAUUGAUAUUUUCCAACACGGCACAAAACAGUUGCGCAAGUUGGAAAAUAGCAGUUUUUUGCUCAAUUCGCAAAUGUGUUCAUGCCUCGCAAAACCACCUGCGCAUUCAUUACCAAUAUAGCAGAAAUGCACAAGAGCUACACGUGAAUGCGCAGAAUUGGAAUACUACACGACAAUGGGCUGUUAACAAUACCCUGCCAAGCAGCUAUCAUAGGUGUACAGUACAUACCAAUAUUCCUCUGUGUGUAAAUGUAACCUGCACAUGGAAUGCAGAAUCAAAGCUCAACACACAUUGGUAGCAUUGGCACCCCCGAAGUUGCAUGCCCUCCCCCACAAAUCUAUAAAUAAGCUACUAAAUGGAGAAAUGAAACAAUGGACUAGAGGAUAGUAUAGGCUGUUCAACAUAUAACGCAUAUAAAAAUAUAUUGUAGCAACUUACUAACUGGAUAAGCGUCAACAUGAAGGAGACGGACAAAAUAUCCCUGUAGCAUCAAACUCCACUCUUUAUUUUACAGAAACGCGCCUGUCAGCCGGUUUUCUGAGUAGCUCCGACCCGUGCAACUUACACUAUACAUAAACAUAUUUACGAAGUGUGGACUGUAAAACAAACCCACAAUGCUGAAAACACAACUCUAUUCGGAAGCCCCGAAGACGGGAAUCUCAGCAUGGAGCAAGAACGCUGCCUGUGGAUGCAGCCUGCACAUGUGCAUCCCUUACUCAUACUCCUGCUGAAAGCCCCUUCCAACUGCCCCCCACUCACCACGCUCCCUGCUCCUACCACACCUGUAUGGCAUAGUCAAUAGCAUGGAAUGCAGAUCGUGGGUGUCAAAGUAUGCUUCUGAUAUGAAUGAGAAAUAAAUACGGUAACAAAAAGUCAGUUGUGUCCUUAUACACGAGUGUGGAAUUACCGGGGGAGUGGCACGAAAGGAAAGGGAGCCUUUGGAGAAUGCAACAGGGAUAUUUUAUGGAUUGAGCCCUUGGGCACUGCAGCCCUUUGCCAAUGUUGCUGAGGAUAGGGCACUUAGCUAAAUGCAUGUAAUGGAAACAUUCUGUGCAUUGCAAGUCUGUCACGCGCAUCGCAAAACUUAGCCAUUUUCAUUGAAAUUUGGCUUUCGGAGCAAUUCAAAUAAUUUUGUGCUUAAUUAAGCAUAUGAAAUUUGCGCACAUGCAUACAUUUGUAUCUAAUGUUUAUCAUUAUCACAGGCAUUAGCAUGGCUAAUAAGCUAAAUGUUUAAAGGGCCAUCACAGAUUCUACGGAAUUCAAACACAUAUAUCUAUGCUGUGCUGUUGGGAAGUGAGUUUAUGAUUUCUCUACUUCUGUCUCCAUAAUUUUGACAGGUGUCACACAAAUCUGAGUACAUGUUACCUAUUCUAAUUCAUUUAUAUUUUUUGACUUUCUUGUUUUCUGUUAAAGUACCAUCGUUUUUUUUCUCAGUAUUAGCCGUGAACUAUAAGUCGCCCUGGAUAUGGGUGUCUGUUAUAUACAUACAUUACCAACAACAACAACAAUAAUUAAUAAUAAUAUUAAUAAUUCAGCUGGAAUCAUCUGUUUUUUAAUAGCCUAUACAUAACUUGCUUGACAAACCUGGGGGGCAGUUAAUUCAACUUAAAUAAAACGGGCUGAACGGGCAGUGGAAUAAGAAAGGAGCACCUUUCGUACAUUUAAAUUCAAAACGGCGACAAAAUUUACCAAUACAGUAAUCAGUAGCCUAGCCUACUACUGUAUAAACAGUGUCUUUGAUAUUGAAAUCUAUGUGAAUGCAAGGUAAGGAGGUGCAAACUGUUGCUUGAUUGAUCUAGGGUUGAUAUACUGCUGUAUGUGUCUAUUAAAGUAAAGCGUUCCUGCAUUAUACAGGUAGUUGUUUAGUAUCUGCUGGCUCGGUCUAUGUUACAUACUGACGGUAUGCACUAUGAUACCGUGCUGUACUCGUGAUUCUGUUUUGGGAGUUAUUCUUUCAGCACCAAGAAAGCAUGCUUGGGAAACUGAUUUGUUUUGUUUCAAUCCGAAAGAACAAUCAUGAUUGCUGCUUCCCUGUUUCUUUUUUAAACAUGUACUGUAUUAAAUCUAGUGAUGCUGCUCUCACAAUCGUUCUUUUGAAUAUAAUCAUUAUAUAGAUGUGGACGGAACCUUGUAUGAUCGCUGGGUGUUUUCCAUUGUUGUAGUACCUCGGAAAGCGCCUGCAUUUCACUUCAGUGAUUGGGUGAGUGAGUGCUGGAGUGAUGUGUGCGGCAUUAAGGCUUGCUUUUAAAAGCGUUAUUUUGUGCCUCGCUAAACUGGUUUUGUGCUUGGCGCAUAAUUUCGAACAUGGCAGGAUCUUGCAAAUUGUCGUCCACUCCCGCCAAAUUACGAUAUGCAUACAUUAUAUGUGUGCACAGCGCAAAACAUAUUGUGGCACGCAAAAAAGAAGUUUCGAAUAUGGCACAUGUUGCACAUUCACGCAUAACAGCUAUUUGCAACGUGCAUAACCUUCUCCGUGGUGCGCAAACCUUUCAAAUAUCUGGGCCGUAAACUUUAACAUAUUUUUGUAACCAAUACGAAAAGCCAUCGUAAGUAGCCCUCCAUUACAUUUUGUAAAUAACUACUGCAUUUGUGUAUAAGACUACAUGUGGACAGCAUUUAAUUGUAUAUGGAAAAUACUGGAUGAAAUAUUGAAUAUGAAAUAAAUUAGCCUACACUGUACACUUAGUACCAUGUAAACACUAUAGUUAACACCUAUAAGCUAAUGGCAUUAAACGUUUGAACACAGAAUCCAUGUUAUUCUUUUAGUUGUGUCCAUUAAACUGCCCAUGUGUCAGAUCUUAAGUAAAGUAAUGCUGUUUGUCAGUGGUGGGGUUUGAUGACUGGUUUCCCUGAAUAAUUAAACAGGUUCAGGAAACAUUAGAUGAGACAUAAAACAUCUAUCCCAACAUUCUUUGCAUGAAAGGAAAGCUCCUACUCAAAAUUAGUGAGCUUCUGAAUUUGUAAAUGUUUGUAUUGUAAUAAUUAUCUAAUCAUGCUUAUUAAGUAAUAAAGGAAGUAUGCUAUCAUGCAUUUCAAGACGUCAGACCUGCCACCCUACUGGCUGUUGCUGUCAGAUCUCGGAAUUAAAUUCAGAGAGAUACAUGCUGCACAAUGUGAGAUUACAGGAAGAAUUUCUCCAGUCUACUUCUGUAGAAGUCAUAUAGAUCAUGUUUAUAGAAGUAGGGAUUCCAUGGUCUCUUGUAGACUCAAGAAUUCCCAUAAUUUUUUCAUACCAUGUGGAACUCAGAAAUAGAUUCCAGGACUGCUGUGCCACAUCAAGUAAGCUUCUGUACUUGGGAUCUGGGGAAAUAUCCUGCUGCAGUUGCUGGUCAAACUAGCACAACUUCUUAACCCUUUUUUCCUGGAUAUAAGCUGGCAUUACAGCUAUAGCAACCAACGAAUAACACCACUUGCUUACCCUGGAGGACACCUGCUGUUUGUAGUGCUAGGUGGUGCAAAAAUACUAAAUGGAAAUGCGAAGCAAAGGUCAGUGGAGAUAGAAAGUGUAGGAUAGCAGGCCUGUAGCGUUUAUUAAUGAGGUAUUUUUUAUUAAGUUCACAAUCUCUCUCUCACACACACACAUUAAAAAGCUUAUGAAGAUGGCUCGGCCUCUGUGUAAAUGCAUGUGUGUUGGAUGAAAGAGGGGAAUGCUAUUGUGGUUGGCUGGAAAAAUCUAGAUUUUGUAGAUGCUGACUUUCUGCUGGGGGAUAUAACCCAAAGCUGAUUGAUGUAUUACAGUAUUAAAAAUAAACAUGGAACACGAAGCGCCUUAACUACAAGCUACAGGAGAUAAGGAACGAGUUUGGGGUUCUCCUCAAUGUUUCUAGACACAGUGUUGAUAGGAGAUAAGGAACGAGUUUGGGGUUCUCCUCAAUGUUUCUAGACACAGUGUUGAUAGGAGAUAAGGAACGAAUUUGGGGUUCUCCUCAAUGUUUCUAGACACAGUGUUGGUAGAUUCAAACCACAUCCAAGAUGGCUGAACUUUUCAUAUUCUGAACUGCAUUACUGAAUUUCUGACAACUAUUAAAUCAUAAUUAUUUUACAAAUGAUAUCCAAAUGUUCAAACCUACAAUCAAAAAUUGUGAUGAAAAGGGAAGAGGUUUAUAUAUAUAUUUGAAUAACCAUUACACCACUGGAGGGAGCCACAUCUGGAUUUGUUUUGAGUAUUUUACAAUAUCAGACACCGGGAUUGCAUCAACCAAUUUUAGGGAUGUUCCCAGGAUCCCCACAGAUAGGUGCUGUGAAUCCUAUCCCUUCACCAAUGUACCUACACUAAACUACGCUGAGUGCAGUUACACCAAAAUGUUUGUAUGCUUAAGUUUUAUUUAAUGUAUUACCGUACCCCUUUCUGCUUGGGUUACAGAAAACAUGAUAAAAGAAUAUAUAAAGAUUGAUGAAAACAUUGAUAAAGCUCUUAUUCAAAAUUGUCCAGGAAAAACACACCCCAUAGAGUUAUCAAACCAAAAAUGUAGGGGUCUGUUAGUACCCUAAGGUGUUUCAUAUUAGUUUUAUAUAUUUUAUUCCUUAAAAAAAUAAUUCAUUGUAACGAGUACAUACUAUUUAAAGCUAUACUACAUUCAACAAAAGCAAUUAAGGCCAUUUAAAUUUCAUCCUCAUGCAUUUCAUAGUUUGCAGUUUUGUUCUGACAUGUGUUUUUGGUAAUUUCUUGUGUUGCGUGAAAGCAAUACUAUCACCCUAAUUAUAAACAGAUUAUUAUUAACUAUAAACUAAAAAUAGUAAAAUAGUCAUUUUCAAUAUACAGGACAUGAAUAGUAUAAAAUGGGGUUUCAUCAUCUUAAAAAUAGUGACUUUUAAUAAGCAAAACGUUCAUGCUCUAAUUAUUUAGAAAAUAAGUCAGAGAGGAGGCCAUUCUGCCCAUCUAAGCUCAUCUGGUUCCUAGGAGCUGAUUUGAUCUUAGAACUUUGUCAACAACAACAUGACUAGGUAGCCCAUUCCAUCCCCUCACCACUCUCUCUCUAUGUGAAGAAGUGUCUCCUUCAACAACAUGACUAGGUAGCCCAUUCCAUCCCCUCACCUCUCUCUGUGUGGAGAAGUGUCUCCUUCAACAACAUGACUAGGUAGCCCAUUCCAUCCCCCCCACCACUCUCUCUAUGUGAAGAAGUGUCUCCUUCAACAACAUGACUUGGUAGCCCAUUCCAUCCCCCCACCACUCUCUCUAUGUGAAGAAGUGUCUCCUACCCCCGUGUCCUAAGUCUCAAUUGUCACUAAUAAUAUAGCAGGCAUUUUGUUGAAAUGUUAUACCUGUUCAAUUCAAUUUGGGAAAUAAAUGACAGGUGAUUGAAAAAUUAAUUCCCCAGCCCACUAAAUACAGUAAUGCAUAGCAAUCAAUGUUUUAAUGCGCACUUCCUCAGUAAAGCACGGUGUGUAAAACCAUGUGAUUACCACACACUUUAUUAACAGUCACUUUUUCAUCACGCACUGCAGCAUACAGACGUAAAUUGGGUAUACAUGAUCAAAAACUAUUUUAAAACGUACUUUCAUUUACACCUGUAAACAAACUGUUCCUUCCUUAAUGCUGAAUUAAUUAAAAAUACAUUUUACACACACCAGGAAACCUCAUUCAUUGACUUCUUGCUUUCAAGAGUGACAAAAAGUAGACAAAUAUACCUUUAACAUCAUUAUUCUCACACACAGUUCUCAUUAGUCAGUGACUACAUAUACUCUGAACAAGAAUUUAAUUAUGAAUCAAAUAUUCAAAUGUUCGCAGUGAAGCUGGAUUUCCAAUGUCAAAUGGCUGGUCCAUCUUUGUUCUCAUAAGUAUUCAGUUUGCAUUCAGUGUUCUUUAAAGUAGAACACUUAUUAACUUGACUUGCUAACAUGGAUUGGCAGUAUCUUGGACCAUCACCAUGUCUACAUUUGUAAAGCAGAGAGGCAAAACAAGUCUUCUAAACUGCAGUGGUGACAGCCCAAGACAAACCUACACAGUCUAUUCAAUACAGUGUCCAAGCAAUUUAGAGACAUGUAAACAUCUCCGUAGUCAAUAGCAGGCAACAGUAUUUGUAGAACAAUUCUUUCUAUUAGUAAGCCUAUCCAAACUACCCACAGUACCACCGACCCCUUGACUGUGCCGCUAAAUGUUGCAGAGUUUCAGGUUGGUUUGUGCCAGUGACAAUUUGGAGUAAGAGCUUUUGAGCCGUCAUAUCUAUUGCUUGUAGUAAAGGAAGCAUGUUUUUUUUUUGUUAAUCUUAUUUAAAGAAUUCCCCUGCAUAAAGGAUGCAAAAUGUGCUUGUCUAUAUGUGGUAAAGUCAGCCAGCUACAAUGUCCAGCACUGGGAGGCACAGACAGAUUCAUUCCAUUUGGACGCCCUGUUGGACCCUCUAUAAAGCUUUAACUUCUGAGUUAAGAAGUUUAAUAUAUUCAUGAAAUUUAGACUGUUGUUAAAAAUGUACUGAAUACUGUAUUCCUAAAAAACAUUCUUUCAGUAACUCCAUAAGUAUAUGUUUUAUUUUUUUUUAUUUUUAGCGGUUUACAUUAUCAGCACCAAACACUGUGUUGUAUAUGUUUAUUCUCCUUGGCGGAUGUCUGGAUGUCUGUCUCAGAGGCCACGUGUGAGCAAGUAUAAGCUUGAAAAAGCGAGAGAGUGUACACACAACAGGGGGAAAUGCCACUGGGGAAAGGGUCAAUACAAGUACAAAUUGUAAAUCUCUUUCCAUUUAUGGCUUGAUACAAAUAUUUGGGUAACACUUUAAAAUAAGUGUCUGUUCAUGACUAUUUAAUUCCAUACAUCUUAACUGUUGUGCACCUGUUAUAUUUUUAGUUCACGACACUAAGCUAAAGAAAUCUUGCAAGCCACGCUUUCAGAUAGCGUUGCACUUCCUUGAUCCUCCUGGAAGGUGAAAUUGUCCCCACCGCUUCAACAGCUUCCGUCUUUAACCAAUAAGCUGCUUCCCCUGCUAACUAACAUGCUUUCAGCCAUGACCCAGAAGACACUGCUGAGGUGAAAUGGCCUAGGAAGUGAAAGAGCUGUCCUGAGAGGCAUGGAACCUGAGAACAUUCUUUAACCUAAAGUUAUAUGGAAUCAAUUUGCUAGCUACAAUCACUUUAAUAGUAUAUAACUAGUUAGCAGUAAGUUACAACUACAAACAGCUAUUGUUUUAUACUGUUUUGUUUUGUUUUUUUACUAAAUAGGGCCCCAAAAUUAUUUUCCGCUCCCCACUUCCUGUGUUACAGUUAAUAGUUUUCCCUUGGCGCAAUAGGAAAUGACAGGUGGGGUUUCAUUACUUUACCUGUAACAAAGGAAGUGCACUUAUUGAGUUGUGACAGCCAAAAUGGCCUUCCAGUUGAAAACUAUAAGAUUGAUGAGAAUGGUUUUUGAGAGAAAUGUAAGGUCUUGGUAACUGCAUGGUUUUCUGAAAGUGUUACUUAUUUCUGCUGAGAGUUUAAUGAAUUAAUUGAACUGUAAUUUAUCAAAGCUGAGAUAUCAACAGUAGUAUAUUACGUGAUUACACCAGGCAGGACAAUACUCAACAAUAUAUAAUUUGCUUAUCCCAUGCUGUGUAGCCAACAGCGGUGUACAGCCCAUUCAAUUUCUAAAAUCUCUCUGGUGCACUCUGCUGGAAGACGGAGGUAUUGGUUUUACACUUCAAGCUGCACUGCAUGAUAACUGUGCCUCGAGGUACCUCAGGUCUCCUGUGAACCGGGGACAUUUUCCAUGAACCCCACAGUAUGUCGCUCCAGUAAACUACAUGUGAUAACACUGAGAUCUUAUAUCAGUAUAGUUUGCUUGGAAAAAACAUUGACCACAAUGGAAGUUAAAGAGUAAGUAGCGGGAUUCCGAAAAAAUAUAGUAUUUCACGUCUGCACGUGUUGCUACAACUGUUUAAAUGAAGUACCUGUAAUUGUUAUUUUUAUUGUUAACAUCCUGACAAUGUUUUACACUUAUAACUUUAAAGUUUCAAAGCUCUUUGCAAAAUGUCAGCUCUAGUGCACUGAUAGUGUAAGGAGUAUUGCCCACAUUGUCAAACAGGUAACACAGCAAUAACGAUCUAUGAUGUGGUAUGGAACUGAAAAGCCAGAGCACUUGUUAUGUUUGUUUUUUUUUAAUCGCUCUUCCUGCAGUAAUUUUAGAGGAUAGAUCUCAAACCCCAGUGCACUAGAGCGGCCAUUUUAAAAAAGACGUUAAAGGCGUAAAAAAGUUGUCAGGAUGUUAACAAUGGAAGGAAGUAACAGGUAUGUUAUUUAAACAGUUGUAGCAACACAUGGGGAUGUAUAACACUAUAUUUUUUGGAACCCUGCUACUUACUCUUUAAGAGUGGUAUAUUAAGUCAUCAUGACAGAUUAAUGUACAUAACUAAUAAAAAAAAAACAGUGGUCCUUAUUGUACAGUGAACACUGUGGGACCAUUCUACUAAUGGCAUUCACUCAACACCAUAAUCUAACACCAUAAUCUAACCAGCAAUACAAAGUGAAGGAAAUAUGAGUGAUAUCAAUAAUAUAUCACAGGAGUGUGGUGUAAGAAAGUGAUAUAGUGCUGGUGGCAGAGUGCGUAAAACUUGUAAUUAUCUGUUCAUAUAUGACACUUAAUUUAACAUGUUACCAAUUUCUGUUUCUACAUAAACUACAAAACAAAAGGCACAGUAAGGGUAUAAUUGUUAAUGGAAACACUUAUUUAUAUAUACACCAUGUAAGAUUGUAUAUAGCGUUAUGUCAUCCUAUUAAUAUUGCAUUGCCAUGUCUGUCUAAAGCUUGAUUUACUGUUAUUUACCUUCAGUGUCUGUGUCUUUAAACAAAUAAAAAUGUACAACACGGGG